AAAGGAACUAGAAGAGAAAUUGUCUGAAAAAUCACAAGAGUGCUUAGCACAUUCCAGAGAAUUGUCUGAACUUAAAGAAAGAAAGAUUGAAGAAAGUGAAAUGGUGAAAGAACUAGAAGAGAAAUUGUCUGAGAAAUCACAAGAGUGCUUAGCACAUUCCAGAGAAUUGUCUGAACUUAAAGAAAGAAAGAUUGAAGAAAGUGAAAUGGUGAAAAAAUUAGAAGAGAAAUUGUCUGACAAAUCGCAAGAAUGUUUAGCGCUGACCAAAGUAUUGUCUGAACUUAAGGAAGGGAAAAUGGAGGAGAGUGUAACAGUAAAGGAACUAGAAGAGAAAUUCAAUGACAAAUCACAAGAAUGUUUAGCGCUUAUGAAAGUAUUGUCUGAUCUUAAGGAAGAGAAAAUGGUGGAGAGUGUAACAGUAAAGGAACUAGAAGAGAAGUUGUCUGAAAAGUCAGAAGAAUGUUUAGCACAUUCCAGAGAAUUGUCUGAACUUAAAGAAAGAAAGAUUGAGGAAAGUGAAAUGGUGAAAGAACUAGAAGAGAAAUUGUCUGAGAAAUCACAAGAGUGCUUAGCUCUUUCUCAAGAAUUAUCUCAACUUAAAGAAAGAAAGAUGGAGGAGAGUAAAAUGGUGAAGAAACUAAAGGAGAAAUUGUCUGAGAAGUCAGAAGAAUGUUUAGCACAUUCCAGAGAAUUGUCUGAGCUUCAAGCUGGGGAAAUGAAAACUGAGAAGCACUUUGCAUGUGAGCUUGAACAAAAACGUAAAGAACAAAUUGAGCUGACCAAUGAAUUAGCUGCUUUCAAACAAGACAAAGAAAAUCAAAUUAAUGAUUUGGAAAAGCAGCUUAUGGUUAAGACCCAAGAAUAUAACUCUCUUUCUGAAAACCUCAAGUCAUUAGAAAUAACUCAUUCUGGUAUACAGUCGGAUCUCAAGAAGGAAUUGGAAGAGAAGUGUCAACUCUAUGAAUGUCAGUCCAAUGAAUUGGAUACUAUUCUUCAGAAAUAUUCCAGUCUUCAAGGCUCAUUGUUAGAGCUGAAGAGUGACAUUGCAAAGAAAUAUAAUGAAAUUAAGGACAAAGACUUAGAAAUUGAAGAACUUCGACAUCAAGCAUUAUGUCUACAGUCUCAACUGACAAAAAAAGAUCAGUUGCAUGUGACACCUGGAUCUAAUAAUGAAUCAAUGAACAAAGAAUCUAGUGAAAUAAAAGAAGAGAUCUCAAAUAAUUCAACCAUCCAAAAACCGAACAAUUCUGGAGUAUACAAUGACUCUACUGAUGUUCAGAAUCUACUUAAAGAAAAAGUUCAAGAAUGUAGUUUUCUAACAGAUAAGUUGGAAAAUUUGGAGAAGAAUAUUCAAGAGAAGACAGAAAUGCUGAAAAAACUGAAACGUGAAAAGAUAUUGCAGUCCGAAAAGUUGGAAAAGUAUGAAUGGAAAGCUGAAAAGGCUGAAUUCUUCCGCAAAAAAUUUGAAGAUCAAAUGAACAAAACAAGUUGCCUUGAGGAUGAACUUGAAAAGCAGAAAGAGAUGUGUACACUUCCCAGUGACAGCCAUCUUUCCAGCAAAUCUAACAUCCAUGAAUGUAGUAAUUGUGCUGCAAUGGCAAAUCAAAUAAGAGAAGCUGAACAAAAGCAAUGUCAUGUGAUCACGUGUUUACAAACUGAGAUUAAGAAUUUUACGUCCGAAAUCGAAGAACUCAGCAAGGAAAAUGGCCUUUUUAAAGAAACUAUACACAAACUGCAAACAGAGACGAUGAGUGAAAAACAAAAUUGUACUACCAAUAUGGAAUCAAAAGGCAAAGGUGUGAAUACAGAUGAUGUAGAAGAUCUGAGGAAGCAAUUAUCCGAUAAGUUCAUGAGUUUAGCACGGGCUGAAGCCACGAACAAAAUUUCUAAAUUACACUUCAGCAAACUUGAAAGUUCUUACAAAGAAACCAUUUCUAUCUUGGAGGACAAAAUCAAAUACUUACAAGAAGAGCUGCGACGAGCUCAAGUGAAUUCAGAUGAGAAUACAAUAAGCAUCAAAAGGGAAGUCCCUGCAAAACCAUCCAGUCCACAUAAAUCGAAUGUGAUCCCAUCACGUGGCGUUGUUGACCAGCUAGCUAUUGUCACACUGGAGGCCGAAAAGGCAAAACUUCACCGCAAAUUAGAGACUCUACAGCAGAAGCUUCUGAAUUCAUUGAAGAAUAAUGAAGACCUGAAGAAGGAAUUAUCAGUUCACAAAAAUGUUGCCAUCACAAAGAAGUUAGCUGUUGUAAAUAAGUCGACUGGUACUGAAAGGUGUGAAGCAGCUGAAUCACCAGUGAACAUAAAACCGCCUUUGACUCCAUCUAGAAGUAUGAAAGAUGAUUGUAAAAGCCAAUAAAACCAUUUUGGUCACCUGUAAGAAAUUCAUAAGAUGGUGAGCUGGCAGCAUUGGACAAAAUGUGUUGUAACAUUUCUCCCAGUUCAUUACAUUCUGAUUUCAAAUCCUGCCGAGGUCAGCUUUGCCUUUCCUCUCUUUGGACUAAAUAAAGUAAAGGGGUUGAUGUAACCAACUUCCCCUCAAAAUUACGGGCCUCAAGACUUUUAACGGACUGCUGUUCCAUCCGGUGGGUAUACUAAUUCAGCGGGUUUUUAGCCCACUAAUUUAAGGUACUACUGGUGAACAGUGGUCCCGGUGCACGCACACGUGCAGUUGCGCAUCCGCGCUAGCUAGUCAUAAGGAGUUGAUCCUAUGACUUGCGCGUAUGCAAAUGGAUAGAUUCGCCCAUGCGCGAUUAAAACGCAAAGUGAAUAAUUUUUGUUAAUAAAUUAUUUUUUACAAACAAA